CCGCGCCCGCCACCGCUUGGAGCAAGACGACGCCUCGCAUCCCGCUCCUCCCGUACGUCCUCCUCGGCCUCGCUUCCACCGUCAUGUCACAGGAGCCGGACACGGAGGAGGAAUGGGCAGCUGUGGAGCGGCGAGGUGCUCACCUGGUAACGGGGGCGGCGGAGCGCCCCUUCAUCAUCCACGGGUUCAACACCUACUGGCUCAUGUCCUUCGCCGCCGACGAGGCCACGCGUCCGCGCGUGACAGCGGCUAUAGCCGAGGCUGCCGGGGCGGGGCUCAACGUGUGCCGCACCUGGGCGUUCGCUGACGGAGGGUACCACGCGCUGCAGACAGCGCCAUUCUGCUACGACGAGGAGGUGUUCCAGGCGCUAGAUUUCGUGGUCAGCGAGGCAAGAAGGUAUAAGAUGCGGUUAAUACUGUCACUAUGUAAUAACUGGGAAGAUUAUGGAGGGAAGGCACAGUAUGUAAGAUGGGGUAAGGAGGCUGGAGUAGAUCUUACUUCUGAGGAUGACUUCUUCUCUGAUCCAACACUUAAAGGGUACUACAAAGCUUUUGUUGAGGCUGUUUUGUCAAGAGUAAACACAAUCACAAAUGAGACCUACAAAGACGAUCCUACCAUUCUUGCCUGGGAGCUGAUUAACGAGCCGCGCUGCCCUUCAGAUCCAUCAGGCGAUACGCUGCAGGCAUGGAUAGAAGAGAUGGCAUCUUACGUGAAGUCUAUAGAUACUAUGCACCUCGUGGAGAUUGGUAUUGAAGGGUAUUAUGGUCCGUCUACUCCAGAACUUUUGCUCGUCAACCCAGAUGAUUAUUCAGGGCAUGUUGGAACGGACUUCAUCAGGAACCAUCAAGCAAUGGGAAUUGAUUUAGCUUCAGUUCAUAUUUAUUCAGACACUUGGUUGCCUGACUCAACAGAGGAGAGCCACGUUCAGUUUGUGAACUCUUGGAUGCAGCAACAUAUUGAUGAUGCAGCAAACUUGCUGGCCAUGCCCAUCGUGAUCGGGGAGUUUGGAUUAUCACUGAAGGAUGGCAAGUUUGAAAACGAGUUCCGCGAAACUUUCAUGCAGACAGUGUACAACAAUUUCUUGUGCUCUUGGGAGAGUGGAAUGAUUGGAGGAGGCUGCCUUCUGUGGCAGCUCUUCCCUGAAGGUGCAGAACACAUGGAUGAUGGUUAUGCAGUUAUUUUUGCAAAAUCACCAUCCACAUUCAACCUACUUGCAAAUCACUCAAGGAAGCUAGAAUGCUGAGAUUAUGCUGCUUCCCCUUCCCCUGCUACAUGGUUUUUCAAGCUAAGAAUUUUACUGUAAAGUUAAAUGCCUUAUAUGUAUAUCAUGUACCCUAAUAGUUGGUCUCUGGUUCAAAAGUAUGUGGUACCGUGAAAAAAGGUAGAGAUUGAAUUGUGCAAUAAAAUUUUGCCCCUCCAUCCUGCACAUAUUAUACUAAAAAAAUAUCUUUAAUAUGUUGGCAUUUUCGUUCCGUUUUAUGCAUUUGUUUGUCAUAUACGUAUAUGCAAACAAAAUUGCAUUGAAUGGUACAAUUCAUCUCCAGAACGUUGGGUAAGUGUAAUAUGGACAUUUGAUAUCGUGAUAGAAUCGUUAAGGUUUAUUAAAGAGGGUGGAUUUGGUGAGCACAUGGGCACAUGGCCAGAUAUGUUUAAUAUGUCACUUGCCCUGUCAUGUACUCCUAUAUAGUUUUCUAUUUUUGUUUCUCAAUUAUUACGGAGGCACAGCUCUGGUGUUUGUAUUAGAGUUGUAGUUCUGCAAAUGCUGCUUCUGUAGAAAACUGCAAGUGUUGUGAUCACGGUAGCAAAUGUACAGCUGGAAUUUCUCAAAUAUACAAUCCUUGAAUCAUGCAGAUGUACAUUAAAG